CGUAGGCGCUGCUUCGCCCCGCCCGCCUAGCCUCCCGCCGACGCCAGCUGCAAAGAGCCCCGCAGCCGCCUGUUACAGCCUCGCGCGGCGCAAGUCCGGAGAGCGUGCGCCAGUCCCCUGAUUUUUCUUCCAGGCUACGGAAACGGCCUCAAGCACCGCAGCCGCGCCCCCUUCUUCCUCCGCAACCGCGAGAGAGCUAUGUCAGUUUCCCCCGUGAAGAAGCAGAAGAUGGAGUCGGCGCUGGAGCAGCUCAAGCAACACACCACCGUGGUGGCCGAUACGGGAGAUUUCCAUGCUAUUGAAGAGUACAAGCCUCUAGAUGCUACUACCAACCCUUCCCUGAUACUAGCUGCAGCUCAGAUGCCAGCCUAUCAGCAGCUGGUAGAAGAUGCUGUUGCGUAUGGGAGGAAACUUGGUGGGUCAGAAGAUGAUCAAGUUACAAAUGCUUGUGACAAGCUUUUUGUACUGUUUGGGGCAGAAAUACUAAAGAGGAUACCUGGCCGUGUGUCCACAGAAGUAGAUGCAAGGUUGUCUUUUGAUAAGGAAGGCAUGGUUAAGAGGGCCAGACAACUCAUAGAUCUUUAUAAAGAAAUAGGAAUUAGCAAAGAUCGUAUCCUCAUCAAGCUGUCAUCGACAUGGGAGGGUAUCCAAGCUGGCAAAAUUCUUGAAGAGCAACAUGGGAUUCACUGUAAUAUGACCUUGCUGUUUUCCUUUGCUCAGGCAGUUGCCUGUGCAGAAGCUGGGGUCACCCUCAUUUCUCCUUUUGUUGGGCGUAUUCUGGAUUGGCAUGUUGCAAAUACAGACAAAAAAACCUAUGAGCCAUCAGAAGACCCAGGGGUAAAGAGUGUCACUAAAAUCUACCAUUAUUACAAAAAGUUUGGCUAUAAAACUAUUGUAAUGGGAGCUUCUUUUCGAAACACUGGAGAAAUCAAAGCAUUGACUGGCUGUGACUUUCUCACCAUUUCACCCAAACUUCUGGGAGAGCUCAGUAAAGAUAAUAGUAAACUAACACCAAAGCUGAGUGUCAAAGAUGCCCAGGCAUCUGACUUGGAGAAGAUCCAUCUGGAUGAAAAGACAUUCCGUUGGCUUCAUAAUGAAGACCAAAUGGCUGUGGAGAAACUGUCGGAUGGAAUCAGAAAGUUUGCUGCUGAUGCGGUUAAAUUGGAGGUCAUGAUAAAGGUAAAAUCAAGCGUUUCUUAUCUUAUUAAAUGUAUUUCCCAAGUUCCUUCACAUGGUACAUGUUCACAAGUAGUGCAGAUAUAAAUAUCAGCAUGAGUU